AUGCUCUGGGAAGCUUGUUGGCAGAGCCGAGGGCAGCAGGCCCAAGUUAAUGCUGUGUGUCCUCUCUUCUGCAUCCACGUUGAACUGGAACAGGAGCGGCAGAAAAAAGCCAGGUUUCCCGAGAGCAGCGACGGCUCCAAGGACUUGGACAGCUCUGCCGGGCGCCGGGGCAGUGCCAACCGAAAGCAUGGGCGAUGGCGGGGACGGCCAGACAGCCCCGGAGUGCUGGUGUCCAAGGUGGUGAGAGCCGUCACGGCGAGACACAAACCAGGACGGAGGCUGCCGGCUGUGCCAGACUCCUCCAGCCAGAGGAACCUGACGGAGCUGCGUGGGGAGGCCCAGCUGGCCGUCUUCCAGCAGGGUGACACAGGCAGCGUGGAGGGGGCUCCCCAGCCCACCGAGAACAGCUUCACCCCUAAGUGUGAAAUCACGGGCAAAGACGCCCUCUCAGCACUGGCCCGGGCCAGCAGCAAGCAGUGCCAACAGGAGAUCGCCAACGUGGUGUGUCUGCACCGGGCCGGCAGCCUCAUGACCCAGUCCGUGCCUCGCCACUGCCAGCUCUCGGGCAAGGUCAGCCCUGUCAUCCAGUGGGACGAGAGCCGGUUGCAGCAGGUGCCCCCCAGCAAGCCCGUGCGCAUCGCCUACAUGCUGGUUGUGCACGGCAGGGCCAUUCGCCAGCUGAAGCGGCUCAUCAAGGCUGUGUACCACCAGCAGCACUUCUUCUACAUCCACGUCGACAAGCGCUCCAACUACCUCCAUCGUGAGGCGGUGGAGCUGGCCCGACACUAUCCCAACAUCCGUGUGACGCCGUGGCGCAUGGUGACCAUCUGGGGAGGUGCCAGCCUGCUGAAGAUGUACCUGCGUAGCAUGAAGGAUCUGCUGGAACUGGCUGAGUGGCCCUGGGACUUCUUCAUCAACCUGAGCGCCACUGACUACCCCACGAGGACCAAUGAGGAGCUGGUGAUGUUCCUGUCCAAAUACCGAGAUAAGAACUUCCUGAAGUCUCAUGGCCGAGACAACGCCAGGUUUAUCAAGAAGCAAGGCCUGGACCGCUUGUUCCACGAGUGUGACUCCCACAUGUGGCGGCUGGGCGAGCGCCACAUCCCCGAGGGCAUCGUGGUGGAUGGGGGCUCUGACUGGUUCUCACUGACGCGCAGCUUCGUGGAGUACGUGGUCUAUGCUGAGGACCAACUAGUGUCCCAGCUGCGCCAGUUCUACACCUACACGCUCCUGCCAGCUGAGUCCUUCUUCCACACGGUCCUGGAGAACAGUCACGCCUGCGAGACGCUGGUCGAUAACAACCUCCGAGUGACCAACUGGAAUCGGAAGCUGGGCUGUAAGUGCCAAUAUAAACACAUAGUCGACUGGUGUGGGUGCUCCCCAAAUGACUUCAAACCCCAGGACUUCCUCCGGCUACAGCAACUCUCCAGACCCACCUUCUUCGCCCGCAAGUUUGAGUCGACGGUGAAUCAGGAGGUGCUGGAGAUCCUGGACACGCACCUCUACGGCAGCUAUCCCCCCAACACGCCGGCCCUGAAGGCGUACUGGGAGAACGUCUAUGACCGCGUCGACGGGCUCAGCGGCCUCAGCGAUGUCACCCUCACCUUCUACACCACCUUCUCCAGGCUGGGGCUCCACAAAGCCGCGUCCACGGUGGCAGCGAAGGCUGACAAGCUCUGCAGAUUUGAGCCCCGGGGCUUCCCAUCCAGUGUGCACUUAUAUUUCUAUGACGACCGUUUCCAGGGUUACCUGGUGAUGCAGGAAGUGCAGAAUUUGGCAACUGGGCAGGCAGAGUCCCUGGAGGUGUGGAUGAUGCCCCAAGGAGCUCUGAAGCUGGCGGGUCGUGGAGGGCAGGCAAACCGCUUACAAAACCUUGAGGUGGGCACAGAGUGGGACCCCAAGGAAAGACUCUUCCGCAAUUUUGGAGGCUUGAUGGGGCCUUUCGAUGAGCCGGUGGCCAUGCAGAAGUGGUCACGGGGCCCCAACCUGACGGCCACGGUGGUGUGGAUUGAUCCCACCUACGUCAUUGCUGCUUCCUACGACAUCACGGUGGAUGCCGAGGCAGAGUUCACCCAGUACAAACCCCCCCUCAACCGGCCCCUGCGCCCAGGCAUCUGGACCAUCCGCCUCCUCCAGUUCUGGGAACCCUUGGGGGAGAAUCAGUUCCUGGUGGUGCCCCAGACCUUCAACCGCAAGCAGCCUCUCAGGAAAGAUGACAGCAACUGGCUGCAUGGCGGGCCCCCCCGCAACGAGUACAUGGAGCAGAGCUUCCAGGGCUUGGGGGGGAUCCUCAACCUGCCGCGCUCUGAGGAUGCGGAGGAGGACGCGGUGCGGAAGGCGCAGCUGACGGGCAAGGAGCUGGAGGACUGGACGGAUGGCACCGUCAGCACCUUCUGGUCG